CGAGGAUGGAACCUUCAGCUUCGGGUUUUCGCAACUUCGCGGAAAGCGUCUGUUUAUGGAAGAUUUCCAGGAUGCACGGAUAGCGAAGGUUGGCGAUCAAAUUAUUGGACUUUUCGGCGUCUUCGACGGCCAUGGCGGUUCUCGGGCAGCGGAGUACGUGAAGGAGCAUCUGUUCAAGAAUCUUAUUGACCAUCCAGAAUUUGCCACCAACAUAAAGCAAGCAAUUUCCGAGACAUUCAAGCGGACUGACGACGCGUACCUGAGCACGGACAACGGGCAGAACCGCGAUGCGGGAAGCACGGCGUCGACGGCAGUGUUGAUGGGCAAGAAGCUGCUCGUUGCCAAUGUCGGUGACUCCAGGACAGUCGUUUGCAGAAAGGGUCAAGCAACUCCACUCUCGAAGGAUCACAAGCCAAACCGGGUGGACGAGAAGGAGCGAAUUGAACAAGCCGGUGGCUCCGUCAUGUGGGCUGGAACGUGGCGAGUGGGUGGCGUUCUUGCCGUCUCUCGUGCGUUUGGAGACAAGCUACUUAAACGAUACGUCGUGGCCGAGCCGGAAAUCGAGGAGUAUGAUGUGACGGCGGAGGACGAGUUCCUUGUGCUGGCCAGUGACGGCCUCUGGGAUGUCGUCAAGGAUCAGGACGCGAUCAACAUGGUGCAGCAGACGCUGGACGCGGAGGAAGCGGCCAAGUUCCUCACACAGGAGGCGUACCGCCGCGGCAGUGCCGAUAACAUCACCUGCGUCGUCGUGCGCUUCCUGCACGUGCAGGACGGCACUGCUGCUGCUGCCCACUAA